CGGAGUACCCCUUUAAGCAAUGGACACCAAGGGAUCUCAGAGAUCCUAUUGAUUUCAAUGGAGUCCAGCAAGUUUCCCUCUGGUGUCUGUUUAUUUUACAGGAUAUGACCAGAAAAAAUAUUACUGCUUGCACAGCUGAGGGUUUGUUGCACAAGCAUCCAGCCUGGACAAUCCUCUGUAGCUGAACUGCAGACAAUCCAUUUUUACCUACACUGACACAUUGAAGCAAAAUGAUCAGGACAGGAGAGCGGUGUGUGCUCUUGGGUUCAGCUCACAGAGGACUGUCAUGUCUGGAUACAACUGUAACAAACUCUCAGCUGUGAGAAGCAUUGGGUCUUCAGGAACAAAAAUAUUAAAAUGCAAAGUCAUACUGCAGAUUUCCAUCAGAGAGGGAUCUCACUAUAAGCCAAUAAUGCUAGGGGUACAGCUCAAUGAAUGACUGCAGGAGCUCUAAUGGGAGGUGACGCACUAUGGGCCACCAUUAUUAUCAAUGGGCAUAAAUAGAUAAAAGCAACCGGUUGCAGUCAACCUUUCCCCAACCUAAUGUGGUUGAUAACUGAGAGCAAUAGAUUACAUUCAUCUGCGCAACAAACAGAUGUCAGACUGCCUGUUAGCCCUAUUUUAUGGUCACUGAUCAUAAUAAUUAUAGUAUAGUGCACUAUGCAGGGUCAUCAUACAACACUGGCUGCAGCACCCAGCUGGGACUUGUAGUUCAGCAACCACUGAGCUCACCGCUUUGGUACUGGGAGGGGCCUGUGGGCGGAGCCCGAGACACUUCAGGUAUUUAAGAGACUUCAUCCAACCUGUAAUCAUCAGAAGAAACUGCAAAGAAAGUCUGAGUUGACUUGAGAAAAAACAAGAAACCAAAGUUCUUCUGCUUCAGGGAAAUUCUUUUUUUUACCAGAACAAGCAAAAAAAAGUUCCAUCAUGCCAUCCCAGAAGAAAACUGAGCUUCAGAUCUCUGGCAUCGUGACUCAGGGAAACCUAAGCAGCUUGAGUCCAGAUGUGGUCAGUUUUAUAGUAACUUAUGCAAGAAUCUGCCUACCAGAAAAUAUCCACAUCUGUGAUGGCUCUGAGGAGGAGAACAAGAAGCUGCUCCAUCACAUGGAAGAAAUUGGGAUGAUCAAAAGGCUCCCCAAAUAUGAGAACUGUUGGCUGGCUCGAACAGAUCCCCGGGAUGUGGCACGCAUUGAAAGCAAAACUGUGAUUGUCACCCAAGAGCAAAGAGACACAGUACCUAAUGCCAAAAGUGGUGUCAGCCAACUGGGCCGCUGGAUGUCAGAGGACGAUUUUGAAAAAGCCUUUAAAUCUAGGUUUCCUGGAUGUAUGAAAGGUCGUACAAUGUAUGUCAUUCCAUUUAGCAUGGGACCAAUAGGCUCACCACUCUCCAAGAUUGGCAUCCAGCUGACUGACUCUCCAUAUGUGGUAGCGAGCAUGAGAAUUAUGACCCGUAUGGGCACUGCUGUCCUAGAGGCUCUUGGGGAAGGGGAGUUUGUAAAAUGUCUUCACUCCGUUGGCUGCCCUUUACCCUUAAAAUACCCUCUCGUGAAUAACUGGCCAUGCAAUCCAGAGUUGACCCUCAUCACACAUAUACCAGACCGGAGAGAAAUUAUCUCAUUUGGAAGUGGAUAUGGGGGCAACUCCCUCCUGGGAAAGAAAUGCUUCGCUCUUAGGAUUGCCAGUCGUAUUGCCAAGGAAGAAGGCUGGCUGGCGGAGCACAUGUUGAUUUUAGGAAUUACCAAUCCAGAAGGAGAGAAAAAAUACUUUGCAGCAGCAUUCCCAAGUGCUUGUGGGAAAACCAACCUGGCAAUGAUGAGGCCGUCACUCCCUGGGUGGAAGAUUGAGUGUGUAGGCGACGAUAUUGCUUGGAUGAAGUUUGAUGAGCAAGGCAAUCUUAGGGCAAUCAACCCAGAAAAUGGAUUUUUUGGCGUAGCUCCUGGAACAUCUGUGAAGACCAACCCUAAUGCCAUGGAAACCAUUUCAAAAAACACAAUAUUCACUAAUGUGGCAGAGACAAGUGAUGGUGGUGUCUACUGGGAGGGGAUGGAUGAGCUUCCAGCAAAAGGAAUUACACUGACCUCAUGGAAAAACAAGGAAUGGACCCCAGAAGAAGGCGAACCUGCUGCUCACCCCAACUCCAGAUUCUGCACUCCAGCCAGCCAAUGCCCCAUCAUUGAUCCUGACUGGGAGUCUUCUAAAGGAGUACCGAUUGAAGGCAUAAUUUUUGGUGGACGAAGACCAGCUGGUGUGCCACUGGUUUAUGAAGCGCUGAGUUGGCAACAUGGAGUCUUUGUUGGAUCUGCAAUGAGAUCUGAAGCCACAGCCGCAGCUGAGCAUAAAGGCAAGGUUAUAAUGCAUGACCCCUUUGCCAUGAGACCAUUCUUUGGUUAUAAUUUUGGCCGAUAUCUUGCCCAUUGGCUUAGCAUGGAACACCUUCCCUCCGCCAAGCUGCCCAAGAUCUUCCAUGUCAACUGGUUCCGUAAAGACAAGCAAGGGAGCUUCCUGUGGCCAGGCUAUGGAGAAAACAUUCGUGUCCUGGAAUGGAUGUUUAACCGGAUCAAUGGGGAAGACUGCGCCAAAGAGACCUCCAUUGGCUACAUUCCCGCUGAGGGGUCUUUGAACCUGAAAGGUCUUGGAGAUGUUAAAAUGGAAGAGUUGUUUGAGAUAUCCAAAGACUUCUGGGAAGACGAAGUGAAGGACAUUAGGAAAUACUUUGAUGACCAAAUCAAUGCAGAUUUGCCAUAUGAGAUUGAAUGGGAACUGAAUUCUGUAGAGGAGAGAUUGAAGCAGUUGUGAGACUCAUAGGGGGGUCAGUCUUGAAGCACUUAAGAUAUAAGAGAAGCAGAUUUCUCUAAACCUUGAAAGUGGUCACCAUCACUGGAAUCUAUUAACAUAUGGUCUAUAGUUAGCACCACUGCUUUCUGGGCUUUUUAAAUAUGGGGGUGAGUGACCUACUUAGUAGGACGUACUGUAUACUGUCUUCCUUUCUGUCUAUUUACUGUACCUUCUCUAGCUUAAAUGUAGUAAAUAAGAGAGGGGGACGUUGAAAAGGAGGAAGAUUACAUUUUUUGAUAGACUUUAAAAUGGUUGUGAGCGAGUAAGCCAUUAAUGUCUUGUGAGUAUGGAGGAAGCAAAUGCUAAGAGUCUUAGUUUAGAUAACACUUAAUAUAUUUUUAUAUUGAUUUGUAUUAUGAAUAUUUUAUGUCUUUAUUUUCUGACUUUGG